GUUACAAUGAAGCACAUCAAUUUGUCCUUUGCCGCCUGUGGGUUCCUGGGCAUCUACCACUUGGGGGCAGCGUCUGCCCUUUGCAAGCACGGCAGGAAGCUGCUGAAGGAUGUGAAGGCCUUCGCGGGCGCCUCUGCGGGCUCCUUGGUGUCCACGGUCCUGCUGACAGCACCGCAAAAAUUAGAGGAAUGUAAAGCGUUCACCUACACGUUUGCUGAAGAAAUCUGCGGGCAGUCCUUCGGGGCCAUGAUUCCCAGCUACGACUUCAUGGCCCGACUCAGGUGUGGGAUGGAGUCCAUCCUCCCCGCCAAAGCCCACCAGCUGGCCCACCGCCGACUGCACGUGUUCAUCACCAACACCAGGACCAGGCAAAACUACUUGGUGUCCAGCUUCAGCUCCCGGGAGGACCUCAUCAAGGUGCUGCUGGCUAGCAGCUUUGUGCCCAUCUACACUGGGCUGACACUGGUUAAGUACAAAGGGCAGGCAGGGACGCUGAGAAGUGAAGUCUCGUGGGCUGAUUGCUGCCGCCCGGUGCAGGCGUGUCUGGAAGAGCUGAGCCCUGCCAUGUCCAGCCGCAGGCUCCUUUCCAGAGGGACGGCGGGUACAACCGAGCUGCUGUGUUCCCUGCCCGGACACAGCCCGUACCUUGGCCAGUGCCAUGUGUGCCUGCUCCCGGGACAGGACAUUGUGGGCUACAGUGUGCUGCUUGCCAUUGUCCAGGCAAAGAUGUGCCUCUUCAAGGAUGCUUCUCUGGAUUCUAGCAAGGGAUUAUUUCUGCGCCCAGAGCGGAAGAGAAUAGAGGCGGCCACGCUGGCCCACAAUGGGAAUUCCGCAGACACCGUGCUCAGUGAACCAGAGAAAGCGAAUUUAAAGAAGCAUUUAGGGUUUCAGGAUGCCAGCCCUGGCAAGGACCUUUUUGUGGAAGGAUUUAGGAGGAGGGGAAGAGUGAGCCUCAGUGCAGGCAUUAUUUCCUGA